AUGUUCUCCAGAUGGAGAAGCUCUCCUACUUCCACGCCAGCAACUGUAGCAUAUCCAAACAAUUGGAGCCGAUCCCACCUAGACAACCUCAGCAAGAUUGUCGUGCGCAAGUACGACCUCCGUAUCAUUCCAUUAGUAUUUCUUGCCUACACUAUAUUCUGGCUCGACCGUUCCAACAUCGCCCUCGCCCGGGUCAACGGGCUGGAGCAGGACCUCGGACUCCAAAGCUCCCAAUUCAAUGCGUCAUUCGCCGUUUUCUUUGCCUUUUACAUCCUCCUAAAUAUCCCAGCCAACAUCCUCUUGCGCAGAAUCGGCGGAGGCACCUUUCUCCCUGCUCUUAUGCUCGCAUGGGGAAUAGCCACUCUCUGCUCGGGCUUCGUUACCAACCUUUCCGGCCUCUGCGCCUCGAGAGCCGCAGUCGGCGCGGCUGAAGCUGGUUUUCUUGGCGGUGUCCUCCUCUGGCUCGGGUUCUUCUACACCAACGAUGAGAUCGUGUCCCGGAUCGGCAUCCUCCUCAGUAGCAUGCCACUCUCCGGGUCAUUGGGUGGUCUCCUGGCCGGUGGCCUCUCACGAAUCCAGGCCGGCUCCUACUCCCGAUGGCCAUGGAUCUUCUUCAUCGAGGGGGCCCUGACCGUCGUGGUCGGCAUCGUUGCGUACUCUGUCAUGCCCGAUACACCAGCCACGGCUUCAUUCCUGACGGGCGAGGAGAAGAUCGCUGCCAAAGCCCGCAUGAUCCUCCUCGACCACCGGUCCUUUGCCCGACGCAUCGCCUUCGUACCAAGCAACAGCAGCAGCAACUCCGAUAUCCCAAAGUCACAACGCAACAGCACGCAUCCAGAAGCAGCCCGAAACGAAACAGUAACCACCAUCAGGUUUUCCACAGCCCUCGAUAUACCCGCCACUAUCAUCGGCGCAAGCUCAGCCGACCGGAUUCACAAGUCAACCUGGAGACGCGCAGUCCUCCACCCCAUCACCCUGUUCAUGACCCUCGGCUGCUUCUUCACCGUCGAGUCGAUAUACGCCUACAACCUCUUUGUGCCCACCCUCCUCGUCGAGAUGGGCUUCAUCGGCGUCAGGAACCCGCUGAUGACCGUUCCCCCCAACCUCUUCGCCUUCCUAUAUACCAUCUGUAUAACUCAAUACUCGCAGCGCUCCCGCCGCGUCGCCCUACCCCUCAUGGUCUCAGCCUGCCUCAGCACGCUCGGCUUCCUCUUCCUCCUCAUCGGCAGCUUCGCAGGCGGCACCGACGCGCAGGGGAAGCCCGUCAUCGUGAAACCCCUGCAGUACGCGGGGACGUUCCUCGCGGGAGCGGGCGUCUCGGCCUCGACCCCCCUCGCCAUGAGCUGGCUAUGCGUCAACGCCAACCCGCACUACGUCCGCGCCAUCUCCCUCGGCUUCGUCAUCGGCGUGGGCAACUUUGCUGCGUUCCUCGCCAGCUACGCUUACAUCAAGACCAGCGCUCCACGAUACGUCGAGGGCCAUUCUAUCAACAUCGCCUUCAACGCAAGUCUUCUGCUUGUAGGUGCGGCUAGUCUCUGGUGGAUGCGCAGGGAAAAUGCCCGUCGGGAACGGGGAGAUCGGGAUCACCGGCUGCAAGAUCUACCACCCGGCGUAUCCAGGACGGAGCACGAGAUGCUUCUAGGGUGGGAUCAUCCACGAUUCCGGUUCCAUAUGUGA